ACGAACCUGGCCAAAGAGUACGAGCAAAGGAACGAAACCGGUAUGGUCCUGCUGCUCACUGAGCAUGCUCUACAGUUGCAGCCCCGUGUCAUGCUACAGUGGACCAACCUGGCAUUUGUUCAUAAGUCUCUCGGACACUUUGAUGAGGCUGAAAAGUACCUGAGGGGUGCUCUAAAUCUAGUUCCAGAAGGGAAGAAAAUGGGGUUUCACAUUGGUAAUCGC